AUGGCCCUGAAAGUUGCAGCUCUUUUUCUUGUGCUUGCAAUUCCAGCAGUCUAUGGUGCUAUUAGCCAUGUUGUAGGAGGCAGUAAUGGUUGGGACACUGGAGUUGAUUAUAACUCUUGGGCUAAAGGCGAAACCUUCAAUGUUGGGGACACACUUGUUUUCAACUAUGGUAGUUUACAUGGAGUGGAUGUUGUGAGCAAGAAUGACUAUGACAACUGUAACCCUGGAAACGCCCUCGAGACCUAUUCUGGAGGCAGCACCACCUACAAUCUGACCAAAGCCGGUCAGACGUAUUUUAUGUGUCCAACCACGUCGCACUGUGGCCAAGGUAUGAAGUUGGCCGUCAGCGUUAAGGAUUCAGGCGGCAGCGGCUCCACCCCUGCUCCCCCCACCAGCCCAUCAACUCCUUCAGGUUCUGGUUCAACCACUCCAAGCACCACACCGUCAGGUUCUGGUUCACCUUCUUCCAACAGCUCGCCAACUUCGCCUAGUGGAACUAAUGCAGCAACUGGCAGUUUUGGCUCCAUAAGCUAUUUGGUGCUGAGCUUUUCGCUUGUAUUGGCAGCUUUGAUAGUCCGUGCUUAG